AUACUGGCGAAAAGAUCUAUAAAACAUGAAACAGUUGAUAUACAAGUACCGUUAAUUAGAGCAGAGAUCAAAAGCAUUAUAAAGGGACACGCGCAUAAAAUAUGGCAGGAAUACUGGGACACAGCUGACACCGGACGACGUCUGUAUACUAUACAAAAACAAGUAGGCAUGAGUGUGAGGCAGGGCAGAAACCCAAAGGAAGAGAUGAUCAUUAUGCGUCUUAGAAUAGGACAUGCUGGAUUAAAUCUAGCAUUAAACAGAAUGGGAAAACACCCCACUGGACUCUGCACACACUGCAGUACACAAGAGACGGAAACACGCAUUCUGUUAGGCUGCAAAAGGUAUGAGGAGGAAAGAACUGAGCUAGAGAUACAGAUUGGAGAACAAAACAUGACACUAGAGAACUUGCUGGGGAAAACAUCUGGGAAAAUGCACCGUCUCCUAAUAAACUAUCUAAAAAAUACUGGGAUAAGUGAGAGACUUUAGUAAUCUAGUAGGAAUAUCUAGUAUAUAGUUAUUUAUCUAUUUAUUUUCUUUUAUUUAUGUAGUAUUGUUUUGGUAUUAUUAUUAUUAUUAUUAUUAUUAUUAUUAUGAUUAUGAUUAUUAUUAUUAUUCCAUUUUAUUUUAUUUUUUCUGCCAAUCUACUGCCCACACUCCAGUCCAGUAGGUGGCGGUAAUGCACCUUUAGCUGGUUUGUCAACCGCCAUUAAAACAAGAAGAAGAAGAAGAACCGCGCUGUGUGAAGACUGCGCACAUGCUGCGCCGUCACUACGCUCUUGAACGCACCAACAGGAAGUACAUCACUGUGGGUCUAGCAGGCGGCAUUUUUGUUUGUAAGUGACAAAAAAACAUGUACAGAAGAAUGUAAACGCUUUGAAGAUACGUUUGAGAGCUUGAAUAUUAUCUAACAUAUAUAAGCGUUAAAAAAAGGUAAAAUAUUAAAAUUAAACACUCGUGUGCGGCAGGAAUGGAGCAGGAGGCCGAGGCUGUCGAAGCCGCUGAGGCGCCGGUCCUCUCAUCGGGUUGUUCCGAGGCAGUGCGAGCUGAGCUGCUGGACGAGUGCGAAGAACACUUUGAGAUUUUACAACAGCUUCAGAAUCGGAUCAUCUCAGCAGAUGAAGGGUCUGGUGAUGGAGAGUCAAAUGAGGCAAUGAAUCGUUUGAAUGCCAUCAUGACUGAGCUGGAACAGUGGCAAGAAAUGGAACCCAAAUUACUGUCAACAAACCCUGAAAUUUUACUGGCCAUUGGGAAAGAAGAGCUGCAACGACUCAACAGUCAGCUGAAGAUGGUCCUUUCCUGCUCUCAAGCAAAGCGAGAUGCCCUGAAAGACCUUUUGCAAAGAGAGCAGGCAUGGCUUGAAGAGAAGAAGGAGGUACUAAAUGCAGUGACUGAACGAGUCGUAACGUUGCGUGAGGAAAAUGAGAACCUGUCAGAACACAGUAUUCUUCAGGACAUGAAGAGAAAAAUCACCAAGGUGAAGGAUUUUCACGGCACCCUCAUGGAGACGCUGAGCGACAUGUUAGCCGAGCAUUUUCCUCUCCCUGAUCAACAAGCAAUUGGCACCAAGAAAAAGAAGGGUGCUGUUCCAGAUUAUGGAGCAAAUCUUAUUUCACUAAGUGAAAUCCUUGAGCAAUUAACAAACAAAACCCUGGAAACUCCUCACGAGCCCUACGUUACCAUUGAUGACUCCUUCUGGCCACCAUACCUAGAAAUGCUUCUUCGUAACGGAAUUGCAAUCAGACACCCAGAGGACUGCAAUAAAAUCCGUCUGGAAAGUUUUCAGUAAUUUGUUUCACUAAUCAGGUUUAAUUAGACGACCCAUCAUGAGAUAUAUAUGUACAGUCUUUUAUGCUCUUCUCCUUGUUUUAUUGUGUAUUUUGUAUGUAAUUUGGUAAAUAAAAUGGC